AAGGGUAUGUCUUCUUUCACGAAGGACAUAGACAGGCGCUGCGUUGUUAUGCUUUUAAUUACCAACCCCGGCCUCUCCCUGCAGAUAGAGCACUUGAAUAACAUCAUAUCCUUCCCCGUGUCGUGCGUGCAUCUCUCCCCUAAUACCUAGACCUCUACCUGCCCCCCGAGGUUGAAGCACGAACCCGAACGAUACCAUACGUCGAUAGCCCACACAUGAGAAGGCGAAUCUAGAGGAAUCAGAAUGGUUCGCCCUCGCCAGUCCGCGGCCAAGGGUCAUGAAGAGGAACACGAGCAGUUGGCGCGUAGGGAAGGACCCGUAUUCGAAUAUGUAUAUUGGACAAAGGAGCCACAUCUCCGAAAGCUUUAUGCGUGGGCGUGUGUUUUAAUGAUAGCCUCAGCGACUACUGGAUACGACGGAAUGUUGGUCAAUACGUCUCAACAGAUUGAUCGAUGGAAGCAAUAUUUUCCAAAGACGCAGGUCGGGCCUGAUAAUCCCCAGGAGGUAGCCGACAGUUGGUUAGGACUCCUCGUAAAUAUGUUCAACAUCGGGAGCAUCUUAAGUUUCUUCCUCACGCCAUAUGUUGCCGACAAUUGGGGCCGGAAGACGUCGAUAGCUAUUGGAUGCGUCUUCAUGAUAAUAGGAGGUUGCAUAUCUGCAUUUUGUAAUGGAUACGAGAUGUUCAUUACUGGUCGCUUGAUUCUCGGCUUCGGUAACAGUUUAUCGCAAAUGGCUUCUCCCCUACUGCUAACCGAGAUCUGUCAUCCUCAGCAUCGUGGACCUGUCACUGCCGUCUACAACUGCUUAUGGAAUCUAGGCGCUCUUCUGGUUGCCUGGGUCGGUUGGGGCACCGCGCAGAUCCGUAACGAUUGGAGUUGGAGGUCUAUAACCCUGAUCCAAAUCCUGCCCUCAUUGAUCCAAAUUAUUUUCAUCUAUUGGAUCCCUGAGUCGCCGCGGUAUCUCAUGGCGAAGGACCGUCACGAAGAGGCGCUCGAUAUCUUAGCUAAAUACCACGCUGGCGGUGAUAAGAAUGAUGUUCUAGUCCAGUUUGAGUUCCGCGAGAUUAAAGAGACAAUGCGAAUGGAGAAACAAGUCGCCCGCGCUGCCGGUUAUCUCGACUUUUUACGCACCAAGGGUAACCUAUGGCGGUUAGCCAUCCUCAUCUCCCUAGGCGUCAUCUCCCAGUACAGCGGAAACGCGCUCUUUUCUAAUUAUAUGGACACCGUCUACGAGGGGGCUGGAAUCGGGGUCCAAGAUCAAAAGCUUGCUUUAAGCGGCGGCAAGACGAUUCUUGACCUCAUAGUGACAAUACUAGCUGCCUUGAAUGUAGAUAGGUUCGGGCGACGGCCGCUAUUCUUAAUUUCCACGUCGGGCAUGGUAGUUUCGUUCGUGAGCUGGACCAUCUGUGGUGCUAUUUACGAGAAUUCAAAUAUGACCAACGCCGCUUCUGGGUAUGCGCAGCUGGUAUUUAUCUGGUUGUUCGGCAUAUUCUACGAUAUCGGCUUCUCAGGCCUGUUAAUAGCCUACGCGCUCGAAGUCCUACCUUUUAAGCUACGUGCUAAGGGAAUGAUGAUCAUGAAUAUAACGGUGCAGGCUAUCCUCGCAUUGAGUAAUCAGACCAACAAGAUCGCCUGGAAUAAGUUCCCAAAGCACUGGAACUUUAUGCUUUUCUAUACUCUCUGGGAUUUCUGCGAGCUGGCUUUCGUUUAUUUCUUUUACGUUGAGACGAAAGGACCCACGCUGGAAGAGAUCGCAUGGAUCUUCGAUGGCGCAGAUGCAGUCGCCAAUAUCGAUAUCCGACAGGUUGAGAAGGAAAUGCAAGAGAUCGAGCGAGAACAAAGCAUCGAUUCGAAAACCAUGUCAUCUAGAGGAAAGGGAGCUGUUUAACCUGGUAGUCUUUCGUUUUGCUAUUGGGGUCGAGGCGUUGACGAUUUAAUGAAUUAAUGAUCAUAGCGCAGUGAUCUGGGUUGCAUAUUGACUAUCCUGUCGAGGUGGGGAGAUACCCAAAAAGGAGAGAAAGGGAAAUUGGAGGGUGGACCUGGUAUAUACAUCAUCAUAAUUUGAGGAAAAGGAGCUUACAGGCAUGCUUCAUGCUUCAUGCUUCAUAGUGUCACUAUCCUUCAUACAACUCGAUCCCAGUUUCGUCCAA